AUGAGUACUACAAUUUUUUCAUGGAAUGUAAGAGGGUUACGCUCUCGCGCUAAAAGAGCUGCUGUUCAACAGGUUAUCAGAAUGCACAAUCCCACCAUCAUCAUUCUGCAAGAGUCGAAGAUGCCAGUAGUUACCAAUUCAGAUAUUGCAGAUAUUUGUGGCUCAAGGUCGAUGGGUUGGACUUACCAACCAUCACAUGGAGCUUCAGGAGGCAUCAUUAUUAUCUGGAAGCCAAGUUUAGUAGAAGUGCUAUCAUCUUUAGAAGGAGAAUUCACUUUAUCCAUUGAAUGCAGGUUCAUUGCAGACGGUUUUCACUUUUUCUUAACUGGAGUAUAUGGCCCUAAUAAAGUUGCUAUCAGGAAAUAUUUUUGGAGAGAGCUACAUUAUAUUCGUGGGCUGUGGGAAAUACCAUGGGUAAUCGAGGGUGAUUUUAAUGUGAUCAGAAGAUGUGAAGAGAAAAAUGGGAUGGAAAGAAGAACCAAGAGUAUGAAGAAAUUCUCAUCUUUUAUCUCAAUUCAUUCUUUAAUUGAUCUCCCUUUAAAAGGCUCCAAAUACACAUGGACAAAUGGCCGGGCUGCUCCCAUUCUCUCCAGAAUCGACAGAAUACUUAUAUCUCCUGAUUUUGAGGCAAAAUAUCAUUUUGUUUCGCAAUUAGCAAAAACGAGACCAGCCUCAGAUCAUAUACCAAUUAUAUUGGAUCUUGCUGAUCCAUCGUGGGGUCCUUACCUGUUCAGGAUGGAGCUUAUGUGGUUUGAGCAUCCCGAUUUCAUGGAUAGUCUCAAACGAUGGUGGUCGUCUUUUAAUUUUACAGGUACUCCAAGCUCUGUCAUGUGGAACAAAUUACAAGCUUUGAAAACGAAGCUGAAAGAGUGGAAUAAGGUGGUUUUCGGCAGACUAGAUCCAAUAAUAGAAGACUGCCUACAAGUUAUUGGUGAUUUGGAUAAAGCUGAAGCAGUAACAAGUUCUCUUGACACUGACCUAUUCAUAAAAAGAGCCCAAGCAAAGGUUAAUUUUUAG